AUGGCUCUCAUGGAGAAAGCUAUAGACGAUGUUUACCAUGAUUUUUUCUCUCUGACUCAGACACUUCGCUUGUUGAGUGAAGAUGGAGAUUCAAUGGCUACUGGUCUCUUGCAACAGGUUGGAAAUAUCAAGUUUCUUUCAGCUGUAUAUUUGUUACACCUGGUUCUACCCCUACUUGCUCAUCUGAGUAAAGUGUUCCAAGCAGGUUCUGUGUCAUUUGCAGCAAUUGGCCCAGCUAUCAACUACACAUUUGAGGCGCUUGAGACCGUUUCAAAAGAGAAGAGGCCACUAAGUGCACUACAGAAAGAUCUUUGCACGGAUGGCAGGCUUUCAGUUUGUGAUUUAUCUUCUCCUUUGGCCCAUCAGGAAAAAAAUCUAACUAGCCUGACUGACCGGUAUGUCAAAGCUCUAAAGAAGAACAUCAAAAACCGAUUUGGCGAGAGCGAUUGCUAUGCCAACAAACAACAUGAUGACCAAGUCUCCAACAGAAUGGCUUGUAGAGCGGAUGCUCUCUAUGCGUUCAACGUAUCAGCAUUUUUUCCCUGGAAUGCUCUGCGUUGCCGAGGUGUGCCUUUCUUUGCCAGCAAGCAACACCUAGCCUGA